AUGGUUAUGAUUGGGGUUCCGGUCCUCGCUGAGUCGGUUAUCUUCGUUAAUUACGUAAAUACGACAAAGUAUCGGCGCCAAAAUGUUUGGACCUUUGAAGUUGAAGGUGGCGCAGGAAUGAGCAUUUCAAUUCUAAAGGAAGAAAAUAUUACUAUAAAAGAACUCGGAGGUGAAAAGUUGACUCCAAUUAGUGAUUUUGGCGACAUCUCUAUGUGUGACUCCAAGAACAUCUGUGUCAUCGUACAACCGCCACCGUUCUCCACUGAUGGUCUUGGUGGUACAUCGCUAUAUAAGUCACUAUAUAAAUAUGAGCAGAAUGCUUAUAACAUUGAGGGUAUCUCUCUUACUGACCCGACAUCAACCAAAGAUCUGAUUUUGUGUCUUGUCUGGCCAAAACACUUGAGCAAAAGAGGGUGGUUCUUGUCCAGGCAUUCAUUAGCCCAAUUAUUGGAGAAUUACUUAAUAAUUAACUCAUCAAGACUACUCAGAGUAAUAAGAGUUUCAUUGCUAUGGGGAUCUUUUGUGGGAAAGAGAUGCGAAUAUGAUACAUUUUAUGAAGAUUGUUGGUGUAGAAUGGUAUGA